CCCCACCCCACCUAAACAUAUGCAAGGAUAAGGAAAUAGUAUUAAAGAGAAAUAAUUAACAAUUAAGGGUACAAAACAAAACAGAACUGUAUUCCAACCUAACCCAUCACCAAAAAACGACUUAUUUUGAAGAGGCGUACAGAGAGUCACUCACUGCCAUGGAAGUUCUGGAACUGCUAAUUUGAGUUGUAGCGAGAGAAAGUAAAAAACUUUUGCCGUCUUUUGGUUGUGGCCAUCGUUCUAUAUCCUUUUCUGCACAUCCUCAGAACACACGCAGAUGCAUGUACGCAAGAAUAUCAAAUUUUACCAGCAUGAUAAUAUGUACAAGCGUGUUGAAAUUGUUCAUCAAGACUAAGCCUUUCUUGCUUCUAAGAAUUAUCUCAAGUGCGGUAGUGUAGUCAAUCAACCCUUUUCUUUUUGUACCCUUUUUCGUGUUGGGUAGUGAGUUUUGGUGAAAAGUUUCGAUUUUUAACGCGGGUAAGAAAUUUGGGUACUUUACUUUUAUUGUUUUGACCUUGGAACGUCGAAUUCGUGAAGCUCUUCGUGUUUCCAGUUGUGUAGAAUUCUUUGCUAAUAAAGGGUUUUCAUUAUUCGUUUUUUCAUUUCUGGUGUAUUGAACUGUUUUGUUGAUUUUUUUUAUCAUGACGGGUUUGUAAGAAUUGAGGGGUUUUCAGUGUGGGAAUGGUCUUCUGAAAUUGUAAAGGAGGGCUUAUAGCUUUUUCUUUGUGCCCAUUAGUUGGUGGGUUUUGAUUGGGAAAAAUCAUGGGUUGUGUAUGCUGGAAGUCCUCAUCAGCGGAUGAUGGCAGCCCAAAACAGAGAGAAUUAAAUCGAAAAACAUCCGAAUUGCUCGAGGCCCGAGCUCUUUCCCGGAAUAGGAAUGAGAGCUUUUCAGCUAAGGUGAAGCUGGAGAAUCAUUCCCGGAAUAGGAAUGAGAGCUUUUCAGCUAAGGUGAAGCUGGAGAAUCAUGGGGAUAUCAAAAUCGGGUCGAUUGAUAGGAGAAGUAAUGUGUCUAGAAGGGUGAGGGACGAUUUUUGCAGCAAUAAACCAGAGAAAGAUUUCGAUGACGUCAGCAAUUUCCCGAGCAUGAGGAACCUUCCGAAAGCCGUGGAAGGGGAACAGGUUGCUGCCGGGUGGCCUUCUUGGCUGGUUGCGGUGGCAGGGGAAGCUAUCAAAGGGUGGGUCCCGCGCAAAGCGGAGACUUUUGAGAAGCUCGAUAAGAUUGGCCAAGGAACUUACAGUAGCGUGUACAAGGGUCGUGAUCUUUUGCACAACAAAGUCGUUGCCCUGAAAAAAGUACGUUUUGAUAAUAUGGACGCAGAAAGUGUCAAGUUCAUGGCGAGGGAAAUUCUUAUUUUGCGAAGGCUCGAUCACCCAAAUGUCAUUAAACUAGAAGGCUUAGUCACGUCAACAACAUCUUGUAGUCUAUAUCUUGUGUUCGAGUAUAUGGAACAUGAUCUGACUGGACUUGCCUCACUUCCAGGCGUCAAGUUCACCGAACCACAGCUCAAGUGCUAUAUGCAGCAGCUGCUAAGUGGGCUCGAUCAUUGCCAUAGUAAUGGCAUCCUGCAUCGAGAUAUUAAGGGCUCAAACCUCUUAAUCAACAAUCAUGGAGUUUUAAAGAUUGCGGAUUUUGGUUUAGCGAGUUAUUUCGAUAAUAAUAACCAGAAAGUUCCGUUAACUAGCCGUGUUGUGACUUUGUGGUAUCGGCCGCCUGAACUUUUACUUGGUUCGACGCAGUAUGGUGUUGCUGUUGAUUUGUGGAGCACUGGCUGUAUACUCGGAGAAUUAUAUGCUGGAAAGCCCAUCAUGCCUGGAAGAACUGAGGUUGAGCAGUUGCAUAAAAUAUUUAAAUUGUGCGGCUCACCAUCCGAAGAUUAUUGGAGAACGUCAAAAUUACCUCAUUCUCCGGUGUUCAAGCCCAUUCAGCCAUAUAAACGGCAGAUUGCUGAGAUAUUUAAGGAUUUUCCGGAAAAUGCCAUGAGGCUUAUGGAGACCUUACUCUCUAUUGACCCUUCCAGACGGGGAACAGCAUCUUUUGCCCUUCAGAGUGAGUUCUUCAAGACAGAACCGUUUGCUUGUGACCCGUCAAAUUUGCCAAAAUAUCCUCCAAGCAAAGAGAUCGACGCAAAACUGCGAGAAGAGGAAGCACGAAGCCUAGCAGUCGAACAAAAUUUUUACAGGAAAGGAGCUGUUGGAGUUAAGGGGCACAAGUGCGAUUAUGAUUCUAAAAAACCAAAAGAAUCUCGAAGUGCUGAAGCUAAUGCUGACUUGGCAAGGUCGAUGCAGAGGAGGCACGAAAAUGUGGUGAACCUUAAAAAAGACGAAGCUUUAAACAAACUACAAAGUAGGGCUUUCUCAUCCGUGGAGUCGCGGGGGAAAAUAGCAUCGUCAUGUGUGGGGCCCACGAAUCAAGCGGCCAGGCUUUCAGAGUCGUUUGAGGAUCCCAUGAUGAGUAAGCAAUUGUUCUGUGGCUCUCAAAAUGUGGAGAAAACGGGAAAACAACAAGAACCUGGCAUGGAGAGGUCGAGCCAAUUUUCGGGUCCUUUAAUUGCUACCUCAAACAACAUAGAACAGGUGCUGAAAGAGCACGAUCGUCGGAUUCAAGAAGCUGCUCGGCGCAUAAGGCACGAGAACACGAGAGUUUGUAGAAUUCGACCUCACUAGGAGUGCGUGUAGACGUCUACGUGUCUUGGAUUACUAUAACUGGUUUGAAUACAUAUAUACAUAUAUAUAAAUAGCCUUUGAUACAUAUAUAUAUAAUAUAUAGACUUGUAAAUAAAUUAUAUUGUGUAAAUUGAUCUUCGCAAUUUUUGAGUGAUUACUUGUGUAAUAACUGGGAAAAGAGUGUCAAUAUGUCUUACAUCACUUUGCCAUUUUAAAGUCUAACUAUGACGAGUUCACCCGCUUUACUGUUAAAAAGACUUGUCACACAAGAAUUUGUGUUCUGUGAGACUUAUAAUAAUCGAAGUUCUUACCAUGUGGGUAACAACCUCAUAUAAAAUUGAUAUAUUUGGGUUCGUGUAAGUUAUAAUUUCCUGAAGUAUCUUUGUGGUUUGUGUAACUAGCUACUUAUUUAUUCGAUAAACAAUAUCGAGAAGCAUAUAAACUUUUUAACUGAAUGGCUAUUAAUACUUAUAUCAGAUUCAAA